GGAUGAUGCCAAAUGGGCGGGGACAUGUAGGAGGAAGCGUUAACAGUGCUCCUCCUGCUGCUGCUGCUGCCGCUGCCGCCGCCGCCGCCGCCGCUGACAGCCUCUCGGAACCGACCGACCCGCCGGCGUUGUAUAUCUUCUCUCCAAAGGCAGUGCAGAGUGAAGAGACGCCUUUCAUCCCACGUCCGCACAGCGACAACACUUCCCCUCCCCACCCCCCCCGCAGCAUCAAAGAAGACGGACGGACGGACGGACGGACGGCACAUCUCGUUAAACGCGUUGACUUGGCGACACUUGUAUGCUCCACUUCCUCCAAAUUGCUCACAACGACCAACUCGGGGACGGAGAUCAGACGGUGGGAUGGAAACGCAGAUCCAUGUGCCUGUCGGUUCGCCGGUUAUACCAAAGAUUCACGUUUUUGUAGACGAGCACAACGUGACGGAAGGAGCAUUGAAGAUCAUUAAAGAGCUGAGACCGGCGUGGGACACGAACCGUGUCAAGACCAAGUUCUUCACUGAAGGGACAACCAACAAACUGGUGGGCUGCUAUGUGGAGGAAAGUCCCCAACAUGUGGUCUUGGUGCGUGUUUAUGGGAACAAGACGGAGCUAAUUGUGGACAGAGACAAUGAGCUUAAAAGCUUUCAGGUGCUGCAUGCUAAUGGUUGCGCUCCCCGUCUUUACUGCACAUUUCAAAAUGGCAUAUGUUACGAAUACAUGCAGGGGGAAGCGCUCGGGCCUCAAGAUGUCAGGGAUCCUUCCUUGCUCAGACUGAUAGCCAGAGAGAUGGCUCAUAUCCACGCCAUUCAUGCGCAUAACGGAUGCAUCCCCAAAGCCAACCUCUGGAUUAAGAUGCAGAAAUAUUUCUCCCUUGUGGCGACGGAGUUCACAGAACAAGCUUCCAACAUCAGAAUCCAAAAAGAAGUGCCCAGCAAGGAAGUGCUGGAGCAGGAGAUGGUGUGGAUGAAGGAGCAUCUCUCCACCCUGGGAUCGCCUGUGGUGCUUUGCCACAAUGACCUGCUCUGCAAGAACAUCAUACACAACAGCAAAGAGGCUCAUGUUCGCUUCAUAGACUAUGAAUACUCCAGUUACAACUACCAGGCGUUUGACAUUGGCAACCACUUUAACGAAUUUGCAGGCAUGGCAGAUCUGGACUAUGGGCUGUACCCGAGUCGGGAGAUGCAGAUGGACUGGCUCCGAUUCUACCUGCAAGCCUUUAAGCUUUUCACCAAGAAAACCGAAGAGGUCAGCGCUAAAGAACUAGAGACGCUCUAUGUGCAGGUCAACAAGUUUGCUCUGGCUUCUCACUUCUUUUGGGGUUUCUGGGCCCUCAUUCAAGCUAAAUACUCCUCCAUCGACUUUGACUUCCUCGGGUACGCUGUGUUGCGUUUCAACCAAUACUUUAAGAUCAAACCCACAGUGAUGGCCUUGCAGAUUCCAGAGUGACCCAAAACGGAGGCAGCCACGACAUCCGUGGCAGCCAACGAUGAUUUGGACCACUGAUUUUUCCUCAUGGCACUUUGCCCGAAAGACUUGAUUCCUCCCCAAAUGUAGCUCAAUAUUUGUCUCCCCCACUUGUCUUACAAACACUGGAGGUCUUGCUUCCAGGCAGCUGAGCUCUUGCGUGAUCUUUUGACUUAAUUCCUCUUCAUCAGUGCCUCAGCAGCCAUUAAGAACAAGUGCUUAGGUGGACCAAUCAACAUUUGUCAGAUUGUGGAGUGUGCAUUUGACACCAUUCCUUCCUUUUGUUACCUCCACUCUGGUGCUAAGAUUCCGCUAAUCCACCACCACUGCUGCCGCUACUUGUCGAUGUACCGAGUGAUGUUUGGAGAUGUGCAAAAUGGGAAAGCUUUUCAAUGCCUCGGAGCAAUCAAGGAGGGAAAACAUCUGUUCAUUUAUUGGAAGACUCGUGUAACAUCUCUGGUCAAGCAACUGCGUUGACUGUGCAAUGACGCUGCUGUAUGAAGUUGGAUGGGAUCUGACCUUAAACCGCUUUCUCCCCCCCCCCCCCCCCCCCCCACCAUCUUGACUUUUAUGGUCACACUGAGCCAUCCGCUUGGUUGAACAUUCCUUCUGAACUUUUCAGACCAUGGAAAAUCACCGCCUCGGCUCCCCCGCAACACUCGGCUCAGACAAAGUCCUUGUGACUUGAAUACUGUGAUGCAAACCGUUUCAACUUUAUUUUUAACGCGCAAUAUCUGUGCUAAGUCAGCAUUUUUAAAGGCAUUCAUGUUGCACUGCCUCCAUAUGGACCACAAAGAGCAAGCAAGGGACCUGGUGUUUCUUCUAAAUGACUAAAUGUAGGGAAGGCUCUCAAUUUAUGCCAACCUCUUCUUUUACACUGAGAUCUGCUCUCAUCCACCCCCCCCCCCUCCCCUUUUUAAAUGAACUACUGUAUUGUCAACUUAUGUAGUUAAAUGGGUAGUUGGCAAGGGCAGUUGAGGUUUGUGCUCUGAUACAGUUUUGGGGUUCAACAUGUUUCCCACACAAGUUAACAUUGCAACUGACAAUGAAUCAAACAGUUGUUCUUUUGAGUGCUGACUCAGGGGACAAAUUCUAAAAGCGAAAUACUGUUAACGUGUGCAUUGGAUUUGUCUUAUUUAUUGUGUUGAAAUCCCACUGAAACGCUUGGUGUGCUUGCAAACGCUUCAUUUGAGGUACAGAUGUGAUGUCAGACUUGACAUCAUUAAAGGAUCACUCUACACAUGAAGGAUUAUUUCUUUUUCCUUUCUAGUGAUGGUUCGUCACCUUGACACGUACAGAUUCAUUGACAGUGACAAAUGAUGAAGGGUGUAAAUAGUCUUAUACUGUCAAAUGUUUGUGUACAUUGAUUCUUUACACCUUGGUGGGACUUGCAGGAUCUAUUUAACAUGUAUUGGCUGUUGCUUAAUAAAAUGCAUAGAAUUAAAAACGA